AGAACCUCUCUCCUGCGAGUUGGAUUUUAAUUUUCAAUUGGUAAUUCACAUCCCUCUUCUUCGACCUUGUGCGACUCGAGCUGUGUUUCUGGAAGCAAAGCGAAGAUCUGAGAUAAGCUUUCAGCGACCGAUCUGAUCUACUCAACUUCACCGCCAGGACAUGGGUUUGUGGACGUUUCUGGAAGGACUUCUUCUCCUUGCAAAUGCAUUCGCAGUACUGAAUGAGAACCGGUUUCUUGCUCCUAGAGGGUGGAGCUUCUCUGAAUUUUCUGGACCCAAGGCGAAGUCACUUAAGGGACAGGUUAUAGGGCUAAUAUACGCGAUACAGUACAUGAGGUUACCUCUCAUAGCACUCAAUUGCCUCUUUAUAAUUGUGAAACUGGUGUCUGGGUGAGGUUUAACUUUGGAUGUUGUAAGAGAUGCAGGCAUGAUACACUUUUAACUGUUUGGCUGUUUGAGCAGUGUAAGGAAGCAGACAUGACAUAUUGAAUCAUUUGGCUUUUUCAUUGUUACAAAUGCAGACAUUAUACAUGUUGAAUUGUAUAAUACCGAUAUCAUACUGGUUCAGUAUGGUUUUUAUUUGGUACAGCUUCAGUACAUAUAUUUUUGGUAAUUCGAUAUUUUGGUAAGGUAUUUGGUA